CCUCAAAGCACAGAUCCAAACCUUGAGCUAUACACCAUCACAUUCCUCCUCAAUCCACACCCAACUGCUGUUUUGACAUUCAACCAACCUGCUGCAAGUCUAAUACAAAAAUGGCUAUCAACAUAACAUGCUGGAAUCGAUUGCCUCCCGAGAUUCUGAACGAGGUUAUUGGUCUGCUGCCAAUUCUCGGCGGGAAGUGCAGUCAGCUUGCUACCGUUUCCCGAGUUUGGCGAUCGACCAUCGAGCCACUCAACUUUGCCAAGAUCAGUCUGACGGUACCGCGCCUUACCGACCCUUACUCUCAAGCUAUUCUAGCCCGAAAGAGAAACCAGAUUCGCUAUAUCUGGUUUCGGGUGGAACUGAAGCAGUACGAUUGUACACAAUGUGCAAAUGAUGACGAGGAUCAAUGGGGCUUAGAUAAAGUUGAUAACCAAUUUAUCGUGGACGCGUUUGAAGACUUGUUCACGAUGCUGAGCGUAUGGGAGCCUCGUGGCAACUUGGUCCUCGAUAUCAGCGUCUACUCGCCCAGUGAUAACCAGCACUGGUUCAAGUAUAUAACCUUCUCCUCAGACACCAGCGUAGGCGAGCUGCCUCAUCAUGGGCACGAACAUGGAGCGACCGUGAACGACCCAGCUCAUGGCUGGAUCACCGGGCAGCCUAUCGUUGCUCCAGAUGAACUUGCCAUCGAGCACGUAUUUGACGAGGUCAUGGGUGAGGGGCCUUUCCCUGAUGAGGAAACUGAGAUGCAGUGGUGGCGGAGUCUCCCCUAUGUGCCUGUCGUUGGGGCCGUUCGCUUUCGCCAACAGACUCGCCGACGAUGGAAGCCACUCGCAAUCGCCAAUAUGCUUACGCGGUUCCCAAACAUAAAGGAGAUUUGUUAUGAACCCUGGAGAGAAUGGGAUGGAAUGGAAAGGCAGACUGAUGAAUGGAACCAGAAGCUGAUCAUCAGUCUUCCCGAGGGAUUAUUACGCAAGCUAGUAAUAUUCGAGAACGACAAUGAGUCUUACGCAGAAAGUUACCGAGCUCCCGCUAUUAGGGUGGCGAGACGAGCCGUGAGCCUGAAGCUUGCUCGCACCAGCCAACACCUUGAGAUGCUAUCUGCCUCCUUUAUGGUCGAUGCCAGUCACUUCUUCGCCGCGCCUCAGACUCACGAUUCAUGGACGUGGAGUAAGCUUACUUCACUGGCGCUGACUUCAAAAGUCCUCACUGGAGAUGCAGACCAGCUGCAUGUUAAUAGCAUGCUUCAGAAUGCUGCCGCCACUGCACUUAGGAUGCCGAGACUUAACAUAAUGGAGUUGUGGAACGGCAGAAAAGGUGUAGCGAUGCUCUUUCGCUACCAGAGGGUCCGAGAAGACGGACAGUCAGCUAUCAUAACUAUACGGGGAACAUCAGAGCUUGUCCUAGGGACGGCAGUUGUGGAAGCUUGGGAUAUGGUUGCUUACCGGCACUGCCAUAGCAAGGUCGCCAUACAAACCUCUUCGAUCGAUCCGAAUGAGAUUCGAAGCCAUGGUGAUGCUAUCUGCCAUCUGGGACUUCUGACCGAGGUCACUAGACCUGUCUCGCUACGGCAGAUCAUCAACGAACAUCGGUCCCACGCUUAAGACCAUCACCGUCAUCAUCGUGGUCAACAUACAGAAGAAUUGGUGCGAUGAUCGAAUCUUGGUAAUCAUAAUGUACUGAGGUACAACAACAACAAAAACCACAACGCAACAACGAGCUGUUUUUAGAGGUCAAGAAGGAGUUCAAAGCUGCCGAUAUUCUUGAAAGUCGUCAGGGAGCGAGAAAACAUACAAAUUGAGAACAGAUACUAAAAUAAAAGUCUUGUCUUCUAUUGGAAGUGUGUAUGUUGCCAGCCAUCCAACAUAGUGGAGAUUUGUUUUGUCUGGCCAUGGCAAAAACAUUCGCAUAGAGUUCAGCAAAUCAUGUUCGUGUUCAAAUAAUAUAAUUGUG